AUGGCUAAAGCAGUUGAAACAAUAAUUCCUUGUGAAUGUUGUAAUUCUGAAGUGUACCUUCAAGAUUGGACAGAUCAUUCGAAGAAAUGUUUUGAUGAUAGAAAUAAAUAUAUUGGAAAAGUAAUAAAAUGUAAUACUGUGAAUAAUACAUCAGAUAAUGAACAAAUUCCAUGUGAAUUCUGUAACAUUCAAAUUAGUAUAGAUGAUUGGAAUUGUCACUCAAAAAAUUGUGCUGAUGCAUAUCGAAAACAAAAUGAAAUAUUAAAAAAUAUUAAAAGUCAAUUUAUUGAUACAUAUAUUCCGUGUGAAUACUGCAAUACUCAAGUCAACAUACGUGAUUUAGAAUGCCAUACAAAACAAUGUGCCAUUUACUAUAAGCGUUUCAUUGAAGAAUCACAAAAUAAUGAACCUACAGUUAUUCCAUGUGAAUAUUGUAAUAGUCUAGUGAAUGCACAAGAAUGGAAAGAACAUAUAAAAAAAUGUAUCGAUGCUGACAAACAGAAAAUCGAAAAGAUGGCUGAAAGUGUAACAAAACGUUCAUCAAAAGAAAGUAUUCCAUGUGAGUUUUGUAAGAAACUUUAUCGUCAGAAGAAACUCGAUAUACAUCAAAAAAAAUGUCAACUAAAGCACAAACCAUCAAUUGUUCAAGCAAUAGACAACCAUCAAAAAUUUGCUAUUGUUUCACAAAAUCGAAUACCUGGUGAUAAUUUUCUUUUGUCAGAUUGUUGGAAUUCUCGAUUUACAAAAAAUCUUACUCGAUAUAGUCUUAAUAUUGAUACAGAAGAAUAUCGAUUUGUUGCAGAUAAUUUUUACAAAACAUUAUCAUCAUAUCAAAUUAUUAAAAUUGAACGAAUUCAAAAUCGACGUUGGUAUCGUCAAUAUGAAGCUCAUAAAGAUGAUUUUAUUGAGAGAUACGGUAAUAGUACCGAACAAUGGUUAUUGCAUGGAUGUCGACAAUCAGAUUCAGCUGAAGCUAUCAUUCUUGAUUGUUUCAAUCGUAGUCAUGCUAUUAAUUGUGUUGUUGGUCAAGGAAUCUAUUUUGCAACACAGGCUAGUAUCAGUGAUGGUUAUACUCAACCUGAUGCACAUAAACUUCGACACAUGUUUACGGCACGUGUAUUAGUCGGUAGAACAACUACUGGAAAUUCAUCAACUCGAGUGUGCCCUACAGGCUUCGAUACAACAGGUGGAGAAAAUAUUUUUGUAACAUAUCAUGAUGCUCAAGCUUAUGGUCAAUAUUUAAUUACUUACAGAUAA